AUGCCUGAGAUUCCUCUUGCUGCUGGCUUUUUGGUACCUGCUUGUAUUCAUGGAGCUGAGAAAGAGACUUCAGAGUUGGAUAUGUACAUAUUCGUUGGGUGGACAAGGAUUCUGAAAGGGGGGGGUUUUGGCUUAAACAGAGGUGGUACAAGGGGUAAAUGCCGCAGGAUACCUAUUAAAGCUGACAUCGUCAGCUUUAGCUUUCCGGUGGUAAUCAAUCAGGGUUUUCGAGUGUCGGGAAACCAAGCAGUGUAUAAGGGAUCCAUUUCCUCUCAUCAAGAAGACUCCCCAAGUUCGGUCAGUGCUGCGAGGUAUCACUAUGGCGUUGAUGCUGCGUCCAAGAAAGUAAAGGGAACCAUCAAGUUGGCUCCAACUGAGGCUAAUUCGUUAGUUCAGAAACUGAUGGAAGUGAUUCUGGUCUACGAGGGUGCUCCUUUGUUUCUUACAAAGACAAAACCUUUAGUUGCAGAUCCUCCUAGAGAUCUUUGGAGCUUGGAUAGUUUCUCCCAGCUGGUUGAAAGAAAGCUUUCGUCAAGGAAGAUAUAUGAAUCAUCUUACAUAUUAGAUGAUAAAGAAUACGUGCUCAAAUAUAAAACUGAGUUAAGAGGUGCAGUUCUCAGAGCAAAAGCAAGUCCCCAAGGCUUGCUUAAAGGCUACGAUGUAUACAUAGCAGCUCAUGUUCAACCCACUGCUAGGAUGUUAUCUUGCAUUGUCAGGUCUGCUGGAGGAAAUUUUCUAGAGGAAGCAACGAAAUAA